AUGAGCGCCGCCGCUGCCGCCUCCACCGUCACACAGAGUCUGCGCGACAACCUCACACGAUUUGGCCGCCACCCAAGAAUCACCAAACGGCUCAAACUCGACCCCAAAACCCGUCUGCCAACACCCCACGUCAAGCUCGUCACCCGCGAAUUCGCGCCAUGUCGUCUCGAAGACCACUACUAUAACACCCUCCAAGAUGACCUUAUGUACAUGACCUACAAACACGAGUACGAAGGCACGCGCAAAGAACCUCGCCAAAUCCGUCUCAAAUUCGACCCCGAAAAUCCAUACUCAAAGUUCAGGAACAACAUCCCCGUCGGAGGUUCGCAGGUUGGCAAGAAACCUGCCCCGCCGAGCACACCUGAAAAUACCGUCAGGCUGGAGAGGAUCCAGAUACACACCAUGGUCAAGGACGCUUUGAACAGCAAAGCAAACUUGUUGCCGACGUUGAUGAUGUUGCGGGCUCUGACCGGAGAGACGGAGCACGGCGGAGGACACCAUGCUGUCGAGGGUGUUCAGCUUGUGCGGGGUAAAAAGUCGAUCGGUGGUUGGCUGAGGAAGGGUAUUCCUGUCGGCGCCAAAGUCGAUUUGCGUGGCCAGAGCAUGUACGACUUCCUCGGAACGCUGGUCGAGUUCGUCCUGCCCCGUCUCCGUGACUUCAACGGCAUCGUUCUCCCUCCCAAGUCGUCCUCAGUGAACACACCGAGUGCCGUGGCAGGUGUCGUGUCGUUCGGUCUCCCACCACAAGCCAUGGUCUUCUUCCCCCAACUCGAAGUCAACAUUGACGCCUACCCCGAACUCCCUGGUAUCCACAUCCACUUUAUCACGAACGCGACUGGUGUUGGCGCCCAAGACCGUGCUCGUGCCCUAGUCUCUGGCUUCCAGGUACCCUUCGUUCGCAGAUAG